UCAGUGUCACAAGAUCUUUCAUUUGUGUGUUGUCACUGUGUUCACAGGUAGGGCAGACUGCCCACACUAUGCCCAAGCUGAACUCCUGGCUGACUAUCUCCAGGUUAACUUGCCACACUUCAGGGUUCACAAGAUCACUCAGCACCCUGACAAAUGGGAGCAGUGGCUCCGUGACGUUUGUGAGAGGAAUGGAUGGGAACACAGAGAGUCUCCUAUCAUCUGGAGAGAGCUGCUGGACCAUGGAGGGAAGGGUCUGCUUCUGGGAGGAGUGAAUGAAUUUCUCAAUUAUGCUCAGCACUAUUAUGGCAUCACCUCAACGAUGCUGACUGAGGAAAUGUCAGACAUUGCUGAGGAGAACCUGCAGGCACACAUUGAAGCUGAAAAAGAGGAGGAAGAGAGUAAAAGUUUCAUCAAGCCUUUGCAGGUCUGGAUCACCAGUGCAUCAGCUCCCAUCUGUUACCACCUGAUCCCUCUGCUGCUCACUGGAGAGGUGUUUGGGAUGACCACCAAAAUCAGCCUCCACUUGCUUGACGCUGAGCAGUUUAAGGAGGUGCUUUGUGGCAUUGCGAUGGAAGCUGCAGACCUGGCGUCUCCCCUGCUCCACAGUGUCACAGAGCACACUGAAACGCCUGGGGCGUUCCUUCAAGCCGACGUUGUCAUUGUUCUUGACGAUGUCCCCCUGAAGCGUGAAGCCCAGUCCCUGGGGAGCUCCCUCAGAGAGCUGAGUGAGAGCUGCCGGCUGUACGCCGCCCUCAUGGAGAAGAACGCCGGGAGCGAGGUCAGGGUCAUCUCCUCGGGAAGAACCUUUGUCAACCUCAAGGCGAUGAUGAUUAUCACCUACGGCCCCUCCAUUAAGCCGGAGAACGUCGUUGCCAUUGCCACACCCUGGGAAAGCGCAGCGAAAGCCACGCUGGCCAGGAAGCUCAGGGUGGACGCAGCAGGAGUUAAGGAUGUGAUUGUUUGGGGCAACAUUAGUGGCUGUAAAUACAUUGAUCUGUCACAUGCAAAACUUUAUGGCUACAACUCUGCUAUUUGGGGCCCAGCUGAUUUUUCACAUCCCUUGUUGAGUAUGAUCUAUGACAGUGAAUGGAUCCAUUCAGAAUUCCUGUCUGCAGAGUGUUCACUGAGCUCCCGGGUCUCUCGCUGUGUGGGCAUGUUGCCUGCUCAUGGGAUAGCCACGGUCCUGAGACACUGGUGUCAUGGCUCUCCUCCUGGGGAGGUUGUUUCCCUGGGAGUACUUACUAAAGGUCAAUUUUGCAUUCCUGAAGGAAUUGUCUUCUCUAUGCCAGUGAGAUUCCAGAAUGGUACCUGGGAAGUCUCGACAGAAUUAGAAGUGAAUGAAAUGACCCAGGAAGCUCUGGGACGCUCAGCCCACGAGCUGGUUCAGGAAAAACUCAUUGCAUUAAAGGAAAUCAAAGAAAUGCAACCCUAUGAAGCUGAAAAAAUCACUG